GGGUUUCUCCCCAACUGCUUGUCACAUUGACCUGCACUGUCUCUCGCCUGCCUGUGGGGUUUCUGUCAACUAGUCGUGGAGGGGAGAAAACUCUUUAAAGAAUAACAUCUUAUUGUGGCCAUGCCAGAACCCACUAAGAAAGAGGAAAAUGAAGUACCAACCCCAGCCCCGCCCCCAGAAGAACCAAGUAAAGAGAAGGAGGCCAGAACUACACCAGCAAAAGAAUGGUCCCUUGGUGAAUCACCUGCUGGGGAGGAACAAGACAAGCAGAAUGCCAACUCCCAAGUGUCCGUCUUGUUUGUUGAAAAACCUCAAGGAGGAACAGUGAAAGUUGGUGAAAAUAUCACCUUCAUAGCCAAAGUCAAGGCUGAAGAUCUUCUGAGAAAACCCACUGUCAAAUGGUUCAAAGGAAAAUGGAUGGAUCUGGCCAGCAAAGCUGGGAAGCACCUUCAGCUGAAGGAAACCUUCGAGAGGCAAACUCGGAUGUACACAUUUGAGAUGCAGAUCAUCAAGGCCAAAGAAAACUAUGCAGGAAAUUACAGAUGCGAGGUCACCUAUAAGGAUAAGUUUGACACCUGUUCAUUUGAUCUUGAAGUGCACGAAUCUACUGGGACUACUCCAAGCAUUGACAUCAGAUCUGCUUUCAAGAGAAGUGGAGAAGGUCAAGAGGAUGCAGGGGAACUUGACUUUAGUGGUCUCCUGAAACGUAGGGAAGUGAAGCAACAGGAGGAAGAACCCGAGGUGGACGUGUGGGAGCUGCUGAAGAACGCGAAUCCCAGUGAAUACGAGAAGAUCGCCUUCCAGUAUGGAAUCACCGACCUGCGCGGCAUGCUCAAGCGGCUCAAGCGCAUGCGCAGGGUGGAAAAGAAGAGCGCAGCUUUCGCAAAAAUUCUUGAUCCUGCAUAUCAGGUUGACAAAGGAGGCAGAGUGAGGUUUGUUGUGGAGCUGGCAGAUCCAAAGCUGGAGGUGAAAUGGUUUAAAAAUGGUCAAGAAAUUCGACCUAGUACAAAAUACAUCUUUGAACACAAAGGAUGCCAGAGAAUCAUGUUUAUCAAUAACUGUCAGAUGACAGAUGAUUCGGAGUAUUACGUGACAGCUGGCGAUGAGAAAUGUUCAACUGAGCUCUUCGUAAGAGAACCUCCAAUUAUGGUGACCAAACAGCUGGAAGAUACAACCGCUUAUUGUGGGGAAAGAGUGGAAUUAGAAUGUGAGGUGUCUGAAGAUGAUGCCAAUGUAAAAUGGUUUAAGAAUGGUGAAGAGAUUAUCCCUGGUCCAAAAUCAAGAUACCGAAUUAGAGUCGAGGGUAAAAAACACAUCUUGGUCAUAGAAGGAGCAACAAAGGCUGACUCGGCAGAAUAUUCAGCAAUGACAACAGGAGGACAAUCAUCUUGUAAACUUAGUGUUGACUUGAAACCUCUGAAGAUUUUGACACCUCUGACUGAUCAGACUGUAAAUCUUGGAAAAGAAAUCUGCCUGAAGUGUGAAAUCUCUGAAAACAUAACAGGAAAAUGGACUAAAAAUGGCCUACCUGUUCAGGAGAGUGAUCGUCUAAAGGUGGUUCACAAGGGAAGAAUCCACAAGUUAGUGAUAGCCAAUGCCCUCACUGAAGAUGAAGGUGAUUAUGUAUUUGCACCUGAUGCCUACAGUGUUACUCUGCCUGCCAAAGUUCAUGUUAUUGAUCCUCCUAAGAUCAUCCUGGAUGGUCUUGAUGCUGACAAUACAGUGACAGUGAUUGCAGGAAGCAAGCUUCGUCUUGAGAUCCCUAUCAGCGGAGAACCACCUCCUAAAGCCAUUUGGAGCCGGGCAGAUAAGGCUAUAAUGGAGGGCAGUGGUCGAAUAAGGGCAGAAUCUUACCCCGAUAGCAGCACUCUGGUCAUUGAUGUAGCUGAAAGGGAUGACUCUGGUGUUUACCACAUCAAUCUGAAAAACGAAGCUGGAGAGGCACAUGCAAGCAUCAAGAUUAAAGUUGUGGACCUCCCUGAUCCUCCAGUGGCACCAAAUGUGACGGAAGUGGGAGAUGACUGGUGUAUCAUGAACUGGGAGCCUCCUGCCUACGAUGGAGGGUCUCCAAUCCUAGGAUAUUUUAUUGAGAGGAAGAAGAAACAAAGCUCCAGGUGGAUGAGGCUGAAUUUUGAUCUCUGCAAAGAAACAACUUUUGAGCCCAAGAAGAUGAUUGAAGGUGUAGCCUACGAGGUCCGCAUCUUUGCAGUCAAUGCCAUCGGCAUCUCCAAGCCCAGUAUGCCCUCCAAGCCUUUUGUUCCUUUGGCUGUAACAAGCCCUCCUACUCUUCUGGCUGUGGACUCUGUCACUGACACGACUGUCACGAUGAAGUGGCGCCCCCCAGACCAGAUCGGUGCGGCAGGUUUAGAUGGCUAUGUGCUAGAGUAUUGCUUUGAAGGAACUGAGGACUGGAUAGUUGCAAAUACAGAGCUGAUUGACAAGACGAAGUUCACCAUCACAGGUCUGCCGACAGAUGCAAGGAUCUUUGUACGUGUGAAGGCUGUUAAUGCAGCUGGUGCCAGUGAGCCCAAGUACUAUUCUCAGCCCAUUCUUGUGAAGGAAAUCAUAGAACCUCCAAAGAUUCGCAUCCCAAGACACCUGAAGCAAACCUAUAUCCGCAGAGUUGGAGAAGCUGUCAAUCUGGUUAUACCUUUCCAGGGAAAACCAAGACCAGAAUUAACUUGGAAGAAGGAUGGUGCAGAUAUUGAUAAGAAUCAAAUAAACAUUCGCAACUCUGAGACUGAUACAAUCAUAUUUAUUAGAAAAGCAGAGAGGAGCCAUUCUGGGAAAUAUGAUCUGCAAGUCAAAGUGGAAAAAUUCACGGAGAGCGCAUCGAUUGACAUCCAGAUCGUUGACCGUCCAGGUCCACCCCAAACUGUGAAGAUUGAGGAUGUCUGGGGAGAAAACGUCGCUCUCUCAUGGACUCCACCAAAGGAUGAUGGAAAUGCUGCUAUCACAGGGUAUACCAUCCAGAAGGCUGACAAGAAGAGCAUGGAAUGGUUCACUGUCAUUGAGCAUUAUCACCGAACCAAUGCCACCAUUACUGAACUGGUCAUAGGGAAUGAGUAUUACUUCCGGGUCUUUUCUGAAAACAUGUGCGGCCUCAGUGAGGAUGCCACCAUGACUAAAGAGAGUGCUGUGAUCGCCAAGGACGGUAAAAUCUACAAAAAUCCAGUGUAUGAAGACUUUGAUUUCUCAGAGGCACCCAUGUUUACUCAGCCUUUGGUUAACACCUAUGCCAUAGCUGGUUACAAUGCCACCCUGAACUGCAGUGUGAGAGGAAAUCCUAAGCCUAAAAUAACCUGGAUGAAAAACAAAGUUGCUAUUGUGGAUGACCCAAGAUACAGGAUGUUCAGCAACCAGGGAGUCUGUACCCUGGAAAUUCGCAAGCCCAGCCCCUAUGAUGGAGGCACUUACUGCUGCAAAGCAGUCAAUGACCUUGGGACAGUGGAGAUUGAAUGCAAACUGGAGGUGAAAGUGAUAUAUCAAGGAGUAAAUACCCCUGGACAACCAGUCUUCCUGGAGGGGCAGCAACAGUUGUUGCACAAUAAGGAUUUUUGAAUGUAUAAUAUCAUCUAAGGUGGGCUCUCCUUCUGCAGGCUCCUCUUGCAAGGCGUACCUCCAAACAUAAUUGAUUCAUAUUUGCGAGACUUACACUCAAGCAAUCCCGAGGAAUACUGAGGGCCUGGCCACUGCCUCUCUGCACUCUGCUGCUUUGAAAUCUGGUUGAAAUGAGAACGCAUUUUCUGUUUUUCCAUCAGGCCCCUAAGUGUGGUCUUUUUCUUUCCUCCUUAUGUUGAAGAGAAAAAAUAAAAAUGUUUGCCCAGAUUGCUUAAUUAAAAAUUGCAAACAAAAUCUCAUUUGAGGUCAGCACUUUGGUCAUUAUGAUCUGUGCUUUGUCAUUGUAUUAUACUUGACAAAAAUGCAAGCCAUAGAAUAAGCAAAAGCAGUCAUUUUAGUUUAAUAGUAGGCUAUAAAUGCUGUUUUCCCCCUCAGUGCCAAAAACGUAAUACAAUACACCAUGAUUGAAUCUUGAAAACCCAUCUUUCUCUUGAUCCAAUAGAUUUUUCUAAGCAAAGCAGAGUUGUUUAUUUCUGCUUCGAAGGACAAACCCAGGUCUGUCCUUCCUGAGUGUCUAGCAAGGCAUCUUGGCCAGAGCUGCCAAAGCAUCUGCCAGAACAGCUCGUCACAGUGACAGAGGGUGUUGCAGACAACAGACCUGUUAUAGAGUUAGGGUUUGCUGAUGGUGUCCAUUCAAUUUGAUGAAAACCUUUUUAAAAAAAAUCUACAGCCCUGCUUAACAACAGGAUCUGUGCCCUUUUUUCUUAUUUGAAUUUAAAAGCCUUCUUAAAAGAAGGCUUAAUGAAUGUUCUCAUCUGGAUUAAUAUCAAAAUAGAAAAAAAAAAACACCAAUUUUAAGAGGCAUUGGAACAAGGUAAUAUGCCUUUAACCAUUAAUUUUUAUAAUAGAUUCUGAAAUACUAUUCAGCUCAACAAAUUAGUUAUUGAAUUCUGCACAUACCACUGUAAUGGAUUAAGCUUGCAACUUGAUAAAUAAGUUACUUCAGGCUGGGUGCGGUGGCUCAUGUCUGUAAUCUCAGCACUUUGGGAGGUCAAGGCAGGCAGAUCACUUGAGUGCAGGAGUUUAAGGCUAGCCUGGGCAAGAUAGCAAAACCCUGUCUCAACAAAGAGUUAGCCAGGUGUGACAGUGCGUGCCUGUAGUCCCAGCUACUCAGAAGGAUGAUACAUGAGAAGCACUUUAAUCCUGGAGGUGGAGGUUGCAGUAAGCUGAGAUCACACCACUAUACUCCAGCCUGGACACAGAGCCAGUCCCUAUCU